AUGGCCCAGUCCAAGGCCAAUGGCUCACACUAUGCACUGACCGCCAUCGGCCUGGGGAUGCUGGUCCUCGGUGUCAUCAUGGCCAUGUGGAACCUGGUACCCGGGUUCAGUGCCACCGACAAGCCGACGGCGCAGGGGAACAAGACGGAGAUCGGGGGUGGCAUCCUCAAAAGCAAGACCUUCUCCGUGGCCUACGUGCUGGUUGGGGCCGGAGUAGCCCUGCUGCUGCUGUCCAUCUGCCUGAGCAUCCGGGACAAGAGGGAGCGGCGGCAGAGCGAGGAGCUGGCCCGCAUUCAGCAGCAGGCAGGGACAACGCCUCAUGCCCAGGAGGAGGACAGCCAGGAGGAGGAGGAAGAAGCAGCCUCCUCCAGGUACUACGUCCCCAGCUACGAGGAAGUGAUGAACACCCACUACUCAGAAGCGAGGGAGCCGGAGCAAAACCCUAGAAUGAGCAUCUCUCUCCCCUCCUAUGAGUCCUUGACGGGGCUGGACGAGACCACCCCCACGACCACCAGGGCCGAUGUGGAGACCAACCCCGGGCAGCCCCCCGACAGACAGAACUCCAAGUUGGCCAAACGCCUGAAGCCGCUCAAGGUUCGAAGGAUUAAAUCUGAGAAGCUUCACCUCAAAGACUUCCGGAUCAACCUCCCAGACAAAAACGUCCCUCCGCCGUCCAUUGAGCCUUUGACUCCUCCACCACAGUACGACGAAGUCCAGGAGAAAGCCCCUGACACCCGGCCACCUGACUGA